CAGCGGAAGGUAUAAAUAGAAAGGUUGGCACGCCUGGCCAGUGAUGGAGCAAGAUGGCCGCCGCCCCCGGCCAGGUCAGGCUGGAGCAGAGAUUAAGGGUUAAAAUAGGUGAAGCCAAAAACCUUAUCCUGCGCAACCAUGGCAGUGGAGGGCAAAGAGACGUGUACUGCUGUAUCUCCCUCGACCAGGAGGAAAUAUUCCGCUCAGCCACAGCAGAAAAGACACUUGACAUGUCUGUCUUCUUUGGUGAGGAAUUCCAGUUUGACAUUCCGAGAGAGUUUCGGUACCUGUCCUUCUACCUGUAUGACCGUGACCGCCCCAUGAAGACAGACAAAAUUAUGGGGAAGGUGUCCAUCAAGAAGGAUGACCUCCAUAAGUAUCAUGGCAAGGACCAGUGGUUUCCCAUCACUCCAGUGGAUGCAGACUCCGAGGUCCAGGGGAAAGUCCAUGUUGAGGUACGCCUAAUUAUGGUGAGACACCUGAAUGACUGCUGUCCUCAACACAUGGUGGAAGUGAAGAUCCUAGAGAGCAGUGACCUGGCUGUUAUCAAUGGUUCAUGUGAUCCAUUUGCCUCAGUCACCAUGGUCUACACCAACAAAAAACAAGAAACCAAGAGGACCAAAGCAAAAAAGAAAACCAUCAGCCCACGCUUUGAUGAAACCUUCAGAUUUGAGCAGAGCAGUCAGAGAGUUGGCAGUCAAGACCGGGAGACUCACAUGUACAGUCUGGUGGAUGAUGAUGCAGGCUUCAUGGAGGUGCGGGUGGCACUUUGGCAUGACUCUCCGGCAGUGUUUGGCAAUGUCUUUCUUGGAGAGGUCAAGAUCCCUCUAACUGACAUGGGAGCCUACGAGGAACGUGAUGCUUGGUACUUUCUCCAACCUAGAGACUCAGCAGGAAAGAACCAAAGGGGUGACUUAGGAACCCUGAGGCUAAACAUUCAUUAUACCUCCGAUCAUGUUUUAUCUAGUCAGUCUUACGAUUCUCUUCGCAACCUCAUCCUCCAAAGCACCGGGGUCGAGCCCAUCACCACCUCAGUGGCCUGGCUGCUGGGGGAAGUGGUGCCCCAGAAGCAGGAUGUGGUGCAGUCCCUAACCCGGGUCUUCCUCCACCAUGGCCAGGUGGUUUCCUUCGUCUCUGCCUUUGCACGUCAUGAAAUGUCAAAGAUCACGGACACAAAUACAAUUUUCCGUGGCAAUACCCUGGUCUCCAAAUGCAUUGAUGAAUUAAUGAAGCUCGUGGGUCACCAUUAUUUGCGCUCCACCCUCAAGCCCACCCUGGACCUCAUCUUCCGAGAGCGAAAACCUUGUGAGAUAGACCCCACCAAGCUGCAGCCAGGAGAGAGUCGGGAGGCUAAUCUGUGUAAUCUUAAGGAAUAUAUUAAUCAGAUUUUGAAACCAAUCAUCAACUCAGCCCUCAACUGCCCACCAGUCAUGUGCCAAAUAUUUUCGGAACUCAAGGAACUGGCCAAUACAUACUUUCCAAAUGAGAGGGAAGUGAGAUAUUCUGUUAUUUCUGGGUUUGUCUUUCUUCGAUUCUUUGCACCAGCAAUCCUCCAUCCCAAGCUCUUUGACCUCACCUCAGAGCCAAUUGACCCCUCAACACAACGCACCCUUACGCUGCUGAGCAAAACAGUGCAGAGUGUCGGCAAUCAAGUCAGCUCACGCACGUCACACCAAAAUUUCCGGGAAAGUUACAUGCGGGAAGUGUUCGCCCACUGCAUCACAGACAAGCAUGUGGAGCAGACCCGCACUUUCCUGGAGAUCUUGUCCUCGAUACCCAAUGGGAGUCAGAAAGCACAUGAUACACCAGUUAUACUCAAGGAAGGGUUCAUGAUCAAGAGAGCCCAGGGAAGGAAAAAAUUUGGGAUGAAAAAUUUCAAGACACGCUUCUUCAGACUUACCACCAACAGCCUCACCUACUCCAAAACAGAAGGUGGAACACCCCUUUAUGUUAUUCCUGUCAAAAACAUCCUUGCCGUGGAACGGGUGCAGGAAUCUUCCUUCAAAAUCAAAAACAUGUUUCAGUUGGUUCAAGAAGAAAGAACUCUGUACAUUCAGGCAAUGAACUGUGUAGAAGAGAAGGAGUGGAUGGACCUGUUGACCAAAGUGUGCCAGUACAACAGUCACCGCCUGAAGCAGUACCACCCGGGAGCAUACAUCAACUCCAUGUGGCUAUGUUGUAAAUCAACAAGUGAGAAUGCACCAGGCUGCAGCGCGGUGUCUAAUUAUCUGGACUGUGAUCUCAAGGUUCACAUUGACAGUGACCGGGAAAUGGAACGCCUUGAGUCUCUCCUAGUGGAUAAUCUUGCCAGCUUGAAGAAACUUCACAAUAUGUGUGAGAAUGCAGCCAUGUAUGGAACAACCCAGGAGGUGACAAUUGGGGGUGUAAUAUUGGAACACCCUUCAAGGACUUUUCAGUCCUUACAUUCCCUCAUUGCCAGUGUCAUUCAGCUACAGCAAGAACACAGAAGUCACCAGCGGCGCAUGUUUCACAGUGUUAGAUACGGCUCCAAACAAGCUCCUAUUGGAGAUGACAACUAUUUGCUGUUGGCCUCCAAGUUUGACAACAGUAGUGGGACCAGUGAGGUUAGUGGUCCUGUACGCAAGACCUCCAGUCUCUGCUGACCAUGGGUGCUGUUCCCUGGGGAUAGGGAAGACCAGGCACAGUUCUUGAGGUAACCAUUGACAUAAACUCAACCACUCACUCUCUGUAAUAUAAUACUAGAAGUUACCCAGUGGUGAGAAAAGUUACUUUUUUCAUAUGGUAUAGUUCAUUUUAAGCAGGAGGUAACUACAUUUAUCUAUAUUUAUACCAGGCCAAUGUCCCUAUUAAGGAUGGGUGGCCAAGACAACACACACACACACACACACACACACACACACACACACACACACACACACACACACACACACACACACACACACAGCACACACACACACACACACACACACACA